AACCGCGGUGUUCAGUUUGUUUACUUAUUAAAUAUAUUUAUUCUAACUUGAAUAAAUAAAUAAAAUCAGUUUGCAAAGUUAUUGACUAGUGUUCCGUUAAAUCUUUUUAUAUUUGUGCCGAAUACGCAUGUUGUUGUCUUGAAUCUGAAUCUUGAAAAUUCAAGUUGAUCUGUGCAAUAAGAAUCUGUUUAAUCAUUGCUCUUUUGUUUAACUUUGCCUUGUGUCUUUAAUAAAAUGAGUGACUAUCCAGACCCCGACGAAGAAUAUGAGCUUAUGUAUGCUGAUGAAUUGGAAUUGAUACGAGAAUCAGAAGAAAACUUUGAACCAAAUAUAAUCAAGAAAAAGCAGCUCCCAGCAAAAAGGAGUCUAGACUUCUCGAGUCCUGUACAACAGAAACCAAAACCAGUUGAGACAGUUGAAGAUGACAUUCAAAGUCUUCCGUUAACUCCAAACCUUCCACCGGUAGAGGAAUUACUGCUUACACCUGUAUCUAGUAAAAGGACUGCAGAUGAAUUAUUUGGUGAUAUAAAUGAUAUAAAUUUUGAUGAAGUGGAAUUGCCCAGUAAGAGACAGAAAACUGAAGAAGAUAAUGAUUUGGACUUGAUUAACAGAAUUAUUGAGACUAGGAAGCUUAAACAGAUGCUUCUCGAACCAUCUAGGGCUCAAAGUAAUGUAAAACCGGUGUUUGAUGCUAAAGAUAAUAUUUCACUGGAUAUUCCCAGAUGGCCAUUUAUGCCUGUGACCAAUUCAGAUGGUGAUCGGUUUUAUGUGAGAUUAGAGUCUGAGGAAAUAUGGGACAAGCAAUUGUGUGUAGCCUCAGAGCAGUUGUCGCUGCGGACUACGUACGCAAAAGCCUGGGAAGAGGCACAAAAAUAUUUAGAAGAAAAAGAAAAGCAAACAAUAUUAUCUGAAGAACCAGUUUUGGAGGUGGAAGUGGAAUCAGCGACAGAUAUCAACAGCAACAACCUCUGGGUGGAGAAGUAUCGGCCCAAGUCUUACAUAGAUCUGUUAUCGGAGGAGCCUGUUAAUAGGGCGCUGUUACACUGGCUGCAUUUGUGGGAUAAGAUAGUCUUCAAAAAAGAAGUAAAGACCAAGGAGCCCCAACAACGCAACACAUUCAGCAAACGCACUGGCCAGUUUCAAAUGACGAACCACUGGAGGGGGAAGAAGGAGGCGGAACCGGAAAUGGACGAGGACGGGCGGCCGCGGCACAAGGUGGCGCUGCUGUGCGGGCCGCCCGGCGUGGGCAAGACCACGCUCGCGCACUUGCUGGCCAACCUAGCGGGAUACAGGCCAGUGGAAUUAAACGCAUCGGAUGAAAGGAGUACGGAAGCGUUUCGCACCGCGCUACAGAACGCCACCAUGAUGAAGUCCGUGCUAGACAAGGACAGGAGACCUAACUGUCUCAUUCUGGACGAAAUUGACGGAGCGCCACUACCAACGGUAGAGUUGCUUGUCAAAUGGUGUACGGCCACAAUUAGUGAUGGGAAGAAAAAAGCAAAGUCCCAACCUCUGCGGAGACCCGUCAUCGCUAUAUGUAACGAUUUGUAUGCGACAUCUUUGAGACCCUUGAGGCCCGUAGCCCUAAUAAUCCACGUGCAAGGCGUGUCGGCCCCGCGCCUCGCCUCGCGCCUGGCGCUGGUGGCGCGGCGCGAGCACGUGCGCGCCGCGCCACACGCGCUGGCCGCGCUGGCGGCGCGCUGCUGCGGCGACGUGCGCGCCGCCGUGCUGCUGCUGGGCUUCGUGCGCGCGCGCCGGGCCGCCCAGUUAAAAAUGGAAGACGUAAUGACCGCGUCCAUAGGCACCAAGGACUGCAGCAAGACAAUGAUGCAAGCCUUACAAGCGAUAUUUACAGUCAACGACCAAGAUCCAAGUGUUAUUAUGAAGACUAUACAAGCUGCAGGGGAAUAUGACAGACUCGCAGAUGGAAUCUUUGAAAACUACCUAUGUGCCCGCGUCGACUCUCGUCUACAUAUCGCAUGUGAAACAUUAAAUUGGUUGAGACUAUACGACGCUAUCAAUAGAUGGACACUCAGAACACAGAACUAUUCACUAUAUGGGGCAUUGCCUUUGUGUAUAGCGAGGUGCCAUGCUCUGUUGGCUUCUAGGACGCCACAGAGGGUCAAGUUUCCCACUCAAGCCCAAGAGAUGUACCGCAAAAAGUUAGAACUAGACAGCAUAGUAGAUUCCGUGUGGCGGGGGAGUUCCCCCACGGUGGUGUUGCCCAAGACCGCUUUGAGGCUGGACCUCGUGCCAAUGUUGCCAUAUCUACUGUCACCCACAUUGCGGUCUGCAAAUGUUCAGUUAUGUAGCGAGAGCGAACGCAAAACGAUCGAGUCGCUGGCCGGCGCGAUGUGCGACUACGGCUUGCAGUUCGCGCAGCGCCGCGCCUCGGACGGGCUCUACGCGCUUGUGUUGGAGCCCGAGGUGUUCAGGGCGGCGCUCUUCGGCAAUGAAGAGCGAAUCAGGCUGUCUCCUGCCGUCAGGCAAGCCAUAGCACGAGCUCAACAGCUAGAAGUGAUUAGGAGGAAUGAAGAAUUGAUGAACAGAACGAGCGGUAAAACAAUGUCGAGACAAGGUCUUCAAUCGAGCCAAAAUCCCAAGGUCAAGGAACCACCCAAAGUUGAAGACACGAGACUUCCCAACCAUUUGCAGAGACUGCAACCGAAGGCUGUUGAGAAAAGUGCACCUCAAGUCCAUAAAGAUUUCUUCGGACGGAUAGUGCCGAUGUCGCAAGUGCAACGUAGUGAUGCAGUGCCCGAUGUGAUCUCUUCAAGCAGCGUUUUCUACCAGUACAGGGAGGGAUUCAACAACGCGGUGCGAAGAAACGUGCGGACUAAGGAUUUAUUAUGAAAAAAAAACUAUAAAUACUAAACUAAAAAAAAAACUAUACUAAAUCUUAUUUAUCAUGGAGAAUUCCGUGUUGGACACUAGGAACAGUUAAAAUGCAAUGGGUUUAAAAAAAAAAUUUGUUUUGCGCUUUUGGUUAGAUUCGCGUCUAAUCGAAAAGUUCCAGGUUCGAAUUCCGGCCAGGACAUGAUGAAAAAAGAUCGUUUUCUGAUUGGCCUGGGUCUUUGGAUGUUUAUCUAUGUAAAAUAUAGUAUCGUAUUAGUAUCCCAUAACACAAGUAUCUAACUUAGUUUGGGGCUAGCUUAAUCUGUGUAAUUAUUUUUCUUAAAAAUAUUUAUUUAUUUGUUUGUCGCGUAAAAUUCAGUGUAAGAUAAAGGGCCACGAAUCCCAUUGAUUUGUUUAAAUAAUUAUUUUUUAUUAGUAUUAUUGUCUUUUAAUGUAAUGUUAAUCUCAGUUUAUUGCAAACUGCGGAGUUAACGUACCUAAAAAGAGUAAAUGUACUAAAUUA